AUGGAGGCGAGGCCGGGCGGAAGCGCAGCCGCGCGCCCCUCAGACGGAAGCCGCCGGCAGCCAGAAGAGGUCGGGGCCGCCGGCUCCGCCAUGGCCAAGCAGUACGACACGGUGGAGUGUCCCUUCUGCGACGAGGUCUCCAAGUACGAGAAGCUGGCCAAGAUCGGGCAGGGCACCUUCGGGGAGGUGUUUAAAGCAAAGCAUCGGCAGACCGGGAAGAAAGUGGCUCUGAAGAAAGUGUUGAUGGAGAAUGAAAAAGAAGGGUUUCCUAUCACAGCCCUGCGGGAGAUCAAGAUCCUCCAGCUGCUGAAGCAUGAAAACGUGGUGAAUCUCAUUGAGAUCUGUCGGACUAAAGCCUCUCCCUACAACCGCUGCAAGGGGAGCAUCUACCUGGUCUUCGACUUCUGUGAGCACGACUUGGCCGGCCUCCUCAGCAACGCCCAUGUCAAGUUCACCCUCUCCGAGAUCAAGAAAGUGAUGCAGAUGCUCUUGAACGGCCUCUAUUACAUCCACCGGAACAAGAUCUUGCACAGGGACAUGAAAGCGGCCAACGUCCUCAUCACGCGGGACGGGGUCCUGAAACUGGCCGACUUUGGCUUGGCCCGGGCCUUCAGCUUGGCAAAGAACAGCCAGCCCAACCGCUAUACCAACCGGGUGGUGACUCUAUGGUACCGGCCUCCUGAGCUCCUUCUAGGAGAGCGGGAUUACGGGCCGCCCAUUGAUCUCUGGGGCGCGGGGUGCAUUAUGGCCGAGAUGUGGACCCGGAGCCCCAUCAUGCAGGGCAACACGGAGCAGCACCAGCUCACGCUCAUCAGCCAGCUCUGCGGAUCCAUCACUCCCGAUGUCUGGCCCAACGUGGACAAAUACGAGCUCUACCAGAAGCUGGAGCUGCCCAAAGGGCAGAAGCGCAAAGUCAAGGAGCGGCUCAAAGCCUACGUCAAAGACCCUUACGCGCUGGACCUGAUCGAUAAGCUGCUGGUCCUGGACCCGGCCCAGAGGAUCGACAGCGACGACGCCCUGAACCACGACUUCUUCUGGUCCGACCCGAUGCCGUCGGACCUCAAGAACAUGCUCUCCACCCACAACCAGUCCAUGUUCGAGUACCUGGCUCCACCCCGGAGGAGAGGCGGGCACAUGCCCCAGCCGCCGGCCAACCAGUGCCGGAACACCACCGCCACCAACCAGACCGAGUUCGACCGCGUGUUUUGAUUUUUAAAAAGAAGCGGGGAAAAAAAAAACAAAAGUUCAUUUCAAAGCAUGAUGAUUGAAAAAGAAGAAAAACAAAGCAGUCGGGCUUUGGUUACUUUCGACUCCGUUGUGAAAAUGAAUUGUAGGCAGAACGAGGUGAAAUUAGAAACGUGUCAAGAGGCCACAGGAUUAUGCGAAAUGUGCAGCAGUUCGAGGAUCUACAGAUCCGUUUCCAGGAUCCCGAACAGAUUGCGGUCAGUCCACCGAGAGCCAAAAUGGGCUUGUUUUCCUUUAGGACAAGCUUUGGAUCUUGGAUGGUGGGGGUGACAUCCCGUUGCCUCUGCUUUUCUGCCCUUUUGUGAAGCUUCUGCACUUUUUUAUUUUUAUUUUAUAUAUAGAUUUUUUUAAAAAUUAAUCCAGACGCAAUAGCAGGAAAAAAAACUUUUUCUAAAAACAGAGGCAAGAAUUGCACAUUCUCCCCCCCCUUUAGUUUGCUUUAUUUUUAAUAUCUUUUGUGAACCUCAUCAUGUGUUUUUCCUUUGAAAAAAAAAUCAUAAUAGCUUGAUGAAUGCUCCAAACUGUGAUUAAAAAUUCUGGCUUUAAUGUCUCACGCUA